AGCUUUUCCGCCAUCAAUCAGUAUCAAGUGCCAGUUCAAUAGAAUACAAUCGUGUGACAUAUUACGCUUCGAGAGCUCCCGUUUCAUUUGGUUGACCAAACAGUUGUGCCCUUUUGUCGAGGCCCCCGCAAUCCGGAAAUGGAUCUAGUGAAGCUAUUCAGCAUGCUGCUAAUCUGCGCUGCUUUGAUCUUCGUUUGUGAUGCACAGCUCACAUUCACCCCAUCCUGGGGAAAACGUUCCUCAAACCCUCUGAGCAUGAACAUGCCGGGUUCGUUUGGCGUGCAGGACAGCUGUAAAACUCCGGUGGACUCCCUAAUGGUCAUCUACCGGAUGAUUCAGACCGAAGCGCAGAAGAUACUGGAGUGCAAUCAAAAGUAAAAACCACAGACGGGAUGGACUGCUGUCAUCAAACGGUGCCUCCGUCAGCACAAAAACCGAAAACGCUGCGCUCCGAGCGGAAGCGAUUGUUUUUAUUUUUACUCCAUUUAUUAAGUUUAAAAUCUGUAGAUAUGUAGAGUAUCACAUUUGUUUCGUUCCCCCGUGGGGUGCCCCUCUGAAGCACUCGCAACGACUAAGCGUUCAAAUAUAAACCACAUAGCAAAUGGCAUAAGUGAA